AUAACAUGUCAAAAACAAAUAAAAAGAAAAAAAUAUUUUCAGCGCAAGCAGGGAGAAUUUCGGAUUGAUCUAUAUUUGCAAAAAAGUGGUUCGAAAAUAUAUCUGGUGGUUCCGAAAAUUGGAUACCUCUCAACAAAAACGACUUAUAGGUUUAAAGAUUAUCAUUGGAUGUUAUUUCAAUCGGUAGUAGGCUCCGUUCCGUCGAAAUUAUUAAGUUCGCGAAAGUGCAGUGACGAAUAUUUUUGCAAUCAAGUCCUAUAGGACAAACAUUCCUCUACAACACAAAUUCUAUCUUUUUUCGGUGUUAUUUUGGUUUAUGGUACACCAGCAAACUGGCAUAUAUGCAAAUCUUUUAAUAGAACCUUCGCCUUUCUCGUUCGCUUGCAAGGAGCCCGAAAAUUCAACCCAAUACGGCGACCUCGAGAACAAAAAAGUUCAGCAGCGAAAUAUAUUUGUUGUCCAAGAUAUUUGUCCAGCGAAGCAAAGAUUCUUGAUUGCGUUGGUGAAUAACUUAAAAAUAUCACAAGAUCUAUAGAAAAAAUUGCUCUAUGAGAGCAAGAUGUAAGUGUCAAGUGGAACUGUGAGACGAAAAUAUCGAAACCAGAAAAUAAAUAACACAAAGAAAUACGAGUAUUACCGAAAUGGCCAAUGCAAUGCGAUAUGAUCAUCAACAGCAUCAUCAGUACAUUCCUCCUCAACAAACCGACCUGCAGGUACUUUGGAGAGACACGAUGCACGUAUUAUGGCAGUUUCUGGAUUCCGAGGAAUCUAUGAAAAAAGUCGAUCUGAGGAAACAAGUAGAGGAACUCAUCUAUCAAUACAUUUGUGAAGUACCACAUAGCCGAAUAUUUGUUUUCCCAAAUACCAUAAAUGUGCUUAAGAGUUCUAUUGAAAAGUAUGACGAUUUUUCCGCUUACAAAGCUGCUAUUGGAUUUGAAGCCAUCAAUCAGUAUGCGAAUAACCUGUUCACUAAGCCAUGGCGCAAAGAGUACAAAACCAUUAAGAUGUACUCUGGAUUCUACAAGCAUGAAAUAGCUUCAAACUUGAACGGGGCUGAAUCAUUAUUCGAAGAAAUGGGAUAUCGAUUGUCUGACGAUAAGCAAACUCUGGUACUGGAUGGGCCAGUUUGUCCUGAUCGCGUUACUAGUAUAUCUCGCGAUGUUAUUGCUGCAUAUGUUGAGUGUCAGGUUAUGGGGGAAAUUUUCGCUGAAUUGAGCAAUAAGAGAAUAACGGUAAGCUGGAGAGAUAUUUACAACUUCAGAGAGCACAACACGUGUAUGCGUCAAUCGCCUCAUGAAAUGGCAGUGUUAAUACAAGAGCUGAUUCAGAAAAAUCACCUUUCCAGACGAAAAGGUAAAUACAGGAACCAAAUGCAGAUCAUUUAGUGCUAUCAAAAAUGAGCCAUUUUGUUCGAGCAGAGUUUUUUUACUAUGCAUAGUUUUAUAAUACCGUUCAAUUUUUUGACCCCCGAAUUUAACAAAACACUUUCGAGAAUGACCUGUUCGAGAUUUGCCCAGACUGAGCUAAAGCCAGAAUUGGAAAAAAGAGUUACCGCCAAAACAGGAUAGCUAGAUUUGAUCUACCUAUCUUGCCGCCAAAAAUCACCAUUUAAGGCAAGGAAUAUUGAAAGACAUUUAAGGUGUAUUUUUUGAAACUGGCAUGUUUUCCCCAAAAAUCUUACGUCUAUUCUGUGUUGGCAUCAAAGUUUCACCAUUUCACUGUAAAAACAUAAUUGAAUUAUGCUUUAUUAAAUCAAAUUCGCCGCCUGUAAGCAAAGUGAGCAUUCCUGUGCUCCUAGUGCAUAAAGGGUUUUU